AUGAAUCCAUUCUCGUCAUAUCGCAUAAUCAAUGCUGAAGACAUAGUUAGAGCUAAUAUACGUCCUAUGCAUGUUGCUGCAGAUACAGACAGUUUGUUAGCUGUAUUAACUCCCGUGAUAUUUAUAACUAGAUCAGAUGUACCAAAAGCAGAAAGUCUUCAUUCGAAUUUCGUACAAAAACUUCGCUCAAAAGUGCAUGUUUUAGAUUUAUUGCAACAUUUCGGCUAUGUUUUGAACGAACAGGGCUAUUAUAUCUAUAGACAAACCGAUUCAAUCCGUGACAAAACAAGUCGUGAAAAUGCCACUAAUGAAUUUAAACGAUUUUAUGAUGAUUUGAAACAAAUUAAAGACGGUUCUUUACAUGGUUUCGACGGCUUUCUUACGCAUACUAGAAAACGUCCAUCAUCGGUAUAUUCGGAUAAUGAUUCAGAGGAAGAACCAUACGCAAGAAAUUUAACACCGACUACAACUCCUCGUUCACGAUCACCACCAUUGCCGAAUGCUAGACGAGUUGAACAAGGCAAUGAAAACACACUAGAUCACAUUAGAUUAUUCAAGGAAAGCAUCGCACCAAAACAUGGUGGACGAUCUGCACAUAGUUUUAUUCGUCGAAAAUUAUUACUUGUUUUAUUUAAACAGAAAUAUCCCGAUUCAGCUGAAGUUGGCGAUGAAUUUAUUGACGAGGACAUCGAUCAAAAGAUACGCGACUUAAAACAUCGGGAUACCAACCCAAAUCCUACUGAUGGCGACGAAAUUUACGUUGAAUGCUUACUCCGGGCGAGUCUCGAUCUUGAAAUUGCAUAUGGCAUUCUAAGAAAUAAUCGACCAAAUUUAAAACCACCUGAACCAGAAACUCCACGAGGACCAACAACAACGGCACUGACGACUAGUAUACCAUAUUUGCAGCAGCACUGGAAAGCAUUGAAUGAAGAUACAGAAGAAAGCGUAGCCCCACAAAUGCUAUUGCAUGAAGGCGACGAAUGGAAAAAUGCGACGCAUGUCAUAACAUCUAUUAACGAUAUUCGAGAACAAUACCGGAAUCAACCAAUUGAUGAGAAUAUAAUUUCUAAAAUGUUUCGAUUGAUCUACAGUGAACUUUCAAAUGUAGUUGGCCCACAAUCAGGCGUAAAAAUUGAACUAUUUGCAUAUGCUUUAUGCGACGUGUCACCUGAUACUCUUAAAUAUCUCUACAUGAUUGAUGUCAAAGACAUUUUGCGUACAACUAAUGACACAGAAAUCAAUGAAAACUUUCGUGACAAUGCAUUUAAGUCGCUUUCAAUCCAAUGUCCAAUGUGCUUUGAAUCUUAUCCACGUGGUCGCAUGGAGACAAUGUAUUUAUGUGAUCACGUGUGUUGUUUAGAUUGCAUCAAACAAUAUUACCGCGGAGCUAUUAAAGAGAUUCGAGAACCUCAAUCAUUGUUGAAGCUGACCUGUUUUCAGGAAUUAAAGCCAAUUUCUGAUGAUGUAAAAUUGAACUUUUUUCAAUAUAUAGGAUCAAAAUUUAGUCAAUGGUUUACCGAUGAAAGAGUGCUUCUCGAUACCUAUCAAGAAAACUUAUUUAUGGCAACACGAGAUUCACAAAUCAAAAAAUGUUGUAAUCCAAAAUGUCCAGACUUUUUUGUUCCUAACAAUAACAAUAACCAAGUUGUUCGUAUUCAAUGUCCUCGUUGUCAAUUUCCACAAUGUCAACAAUGUAGUAGAAAAUGGCUUGCUGAUCAUAAUGGGAAGACUUGUGAACAAUAUGUGAAGUGGUUAUUAGAUAACGAUCCUGAUGAUCCGGAAGUACAAUUUUUAAAGUAUUUGAAUACAGCUGGUAUGAUGUGUCCCAAUGAGCAGUGCAAAGCCGUGUAUGAAUAUAAACCAGGUGGAUGCGAACAUUUCACAUGUACAACUUGCGGAACGGAAUUUUGUCGAGUAUGUUCGGCACUUUUCUACAACCCCAAGAAGAAUAAAGUCUGCCCGCGGAAUAAUUGUACGUUGAAAGAUACGAUACACGCCCAUUGUUCUUACAAUUGUUUUCGUGAAAUUCGUGAUGCUGACGCCAAUGAAUUUGUUGAAUUACUAGCAGCUCAUAAUAUAAAUGUCGUUGAAGAACUUCGUCAAAAACCAGAGGGGAAAAACCUUAAGUGCCCAGUAGAAGAUUGUCCUAAUGCGCCAUCCGCAGCAUGUAACAAUCGGUUUUGCGAUCGAUGCUACAAAGCAUUUCUGUGUUUACUCAUAUGGCGUAAUAAAAUCGAACCCUGGACAUUGAAUACAGAUGGUAAUUUACGUCAAAAGCUUACUAAUUCUUCCAUUGCUGUACCAGCAACUGCAACAAGAGAAAAUCUGAUUCAGCUGGCACGACAACAUUUGACUAAACUUCUAGGAGAACCAAAAAAGAUAGAGAGACAAAGAUAA